AUGGCUGGAACUCAGAACACCAGUAGCACGUCAUCAGAUCUUUGGCCAGAAGAACUGGACACCGCUUUGGUCAGCGUCUCGACGUGUCAGACGAUAGUUCUCGUCAAUAUAAUUCUCUCCAGCAUCGUCAGCCCGUUUGGUAUCGUCUUUAACAUCGUCAGUAUCAUCGUCUUCAUCAAACUUGGCUUUAACGAGAGCACCAACAUCUCCCUCGUCAGUCUCGCUGUUUCCGACAUCGCCAUUCUCCUGACGUUGGUUGGUCUCAUGGUCAACAACAACCCGAUGGUUGUCCAGUCAGUCGCGAGCUAUGACAUCCUGGAUGCCGUUAGCUACAUUGUUCUGGGUUGGCCGAAUGUUCUGGCAACCCGGAUAACGGGUUGUCUAACAACCUACUUGGCAUUUGAAAGGUUUGUGUGCGUGGCCUGGCCCCUGAAGGUGAAGGCACUACUCACCAGGAAAACAGCCAUAAGAUUUUCUGCAGGGCUAUUUGUCUUCUCAAUGGCCUACUCGGUUCCAAUGUAUCUGGCCAACAGCAUCGGUCUGAGGUUCAACCCCAUGUCAAACCAAACCUCUGUUGGACUUAUCGUGGCGGAAAACAGUGACGUUCUGGAGGGCGUGUCCCGAGGUAUAAAUAUAAUCAUCGAGUUCACGUCCUUCACCCUUGUCAUUGGGUUCUCUUUAUGUCUAAUCUAUUUUUUGAAUUUGAACUCAAAAUGGAGGCUCCAGACUUCUACAGUUUCUAAAAAUAGCCAGUUUUCAAAUCGUGACCGGAAGUUGGUAAAGAUGAUUCUCUUGGUAUCCAUUGUUUUUAUUGGUUGUUCUCUUCCCAACGUUACGGCUGAUGUCGUCAUACUUUUGGUCAAAGACUACAACAUCAAAGGCCGUGAAAGAUUUCUAUUUAUAGCUACAACCGCCACAUUUUUCAACGUGACCGCCAUCAACUCUAGCAUCACGAUUUUGAUCUACCUGAAGAUGAGCUCCAAGUUUAGACGAACCUUCUGGGCCAUGUUUUCUAUGGGGAGCAGACGACCAGGUCCUGCACUAGAAACAUUGCCACCAGCUGGUCGUGUCACAUCCAGUCAACAGAGGAGCUCGAGUUUAAGAUACACAGACUAG